GGCUGAUUUGCAUGCCUUGUCAUGGUCCAGGGGCUUCCCCUGCCUGUGCUCUGAAGCACCUGGAACACUCCCAACAGAACAACUCCUGUCUGCCUCCUUGCCUCUGGCCAUGGCCUGCUGGCAUCUGGCCCUUCUUCUGACUGGGGCCCUCCUGUCAGGCUUGGCCCAGCCGGAUGCACUGCUUGUCUUCCCAGGUCAAGUGGCCCAACUCUCCUGCAUUCUCAGCCCCCGCCAUGCCAUCAUUGGGGAGUACGGCGUGUCUUGGUAUCAGCAACGGGCAGGCAGUGCCCCCCGACACCUCCUCUACUACCGCUCAGAGGAGGACUACCACCGGCCCCCUGACAUCCCUGACCGCUUCUCAGCAGCCACGGACGCCGCCCACAACGCCUGCAUUCUGACCAUCAGCCCUGUGCAGCCUGAGGAUGAUGCAGAUUAUUACUGCUCUGUGGGUUACAUAUCCUAGGAGUGGACUGUGGGAUGAGCGCCUCUUGACUGCCUCUCACAUCUGCACCCUGACCUUGGGCCCCUAACUUUCUCUGAAUCUUGAUUUUCCUCCUCUGUAAGAUGGGUUAGUAAUAUUAAACGUGAACAAUUAACUA